AUGGCUUCUGGAUUCAGAAUUCAUCUUCAAAAAACUACUUUCAAGAAAAAUUUACACGUUGAUAGGUGCUAUUACCUUGUUAUGGAGUACGAUAAACAUAAUCAUUUGGCGAGAGAAUCCUCUGAAGUACUUCCAUCGCCGAUUAAAGUUAUUACCGCACAAGAAGUGCCUGGUUUUGAUGCUGUUAAACAGCAUGAUGAUGUAAAUGAUCGAUUCAAAUCAAAUGGCCUUCAUCUUUCCAAUUCCUCAAUCACGGGAACUGAAACAGUUGGAGUAGAAGGGCAAAAUGAUCUUUCUAAAUCUCAGAAGAUGCAUUUUGUAGCCAUUAGCAUGCCAUCGUCUCCUGUUGGAGUUCAUUUACAUAACACAAAGAAGGGCCUCGUCGGAUAUAGCAAUGAAGCAAUUUUUGACAAUGACAUAAUGGGAUUUGCAGUUACAUCCAAAAACAGACAGACCACUUUCUAUUCUCUGCCAAUUUUGAAAUGUCAUGUGCUUUAUGAGGCCAUUGCUAGUGGAAAAUCUCCCUAUGAUCCGGACCUUCCACCAAGAUUUCCUAGGGUUGAUGUGAUUGAGGAUAAAAGAUUUGACUCUUUCAAGACGUGGUCUGGGAAACUUGAGGGGCAAAUAUUAAAUUUGUGUGAAAAUCAUAGGGAAACUGAGCAAGAACUUGAGACUCAUGAACCUGCAGAAGUUGAAAUUUUACCUGCAGACCGAUACUUUGAUGCGUUGGAGGGACUGGAACUGGAUACCUUAAAGGCUUCUGAAGAAGUACUUCUUCCAGAAGAUAAGAAAUGGCCAUUCCUUCUACGCUUCCCUAUCUCUUCCUUUGGUAUCUGUCUUGGCGUUAGCAGUCAUGCCAUAAUGUGGAAAGCCCUGGCUACUUCUGCUUCUACGGGGUUCCUCCGGGUAAACCUGGACAUAAAUCUGGUCCUGUGGUUCAUAUCUGUCUCUCUCAUGGCAGUUGUCUCUUUCAUUUACUGUCUGAAAGUGAUAUUUUACUUUGAGGCAGUUCGUCGUGAGUACUACCAUCCAAUACGUGUUAACUUCUUCUUUGCUCCGUGGAUCACUCUUCUAUUCUUGGCUCUUGGAGUUCCACCAUCAAUUUCCCAAAAUCUGCACGAGUCUCUUUGGUACAUUCUAAUGACCCCCAUCUUUUGCCUCGAGCUUAAGAUCUAUGGACAGUGGAUGUCGGGAGGACAACAGAGGCUUUCUAUGGUGGCCAACCCCUCAAAUCAUCUGUCAAUUAUCGGGAACUUUCUGGGUGCAUUGCUUGGUGCAUCCAUGGGGCUAAAAGAAGGACCUAUCUUUUUCUUUGCUGUUGGAUUGGCUCAUUAUUUAGUCUUAUUCGUAACUCUCUACCAAAGACUUCCAACAACUAAGACACUCCCAAAGGAACUCCACCCGGUUUUCUUUCUAUUUGUUGCUGCACCUAGUAUUGCAUCUAUGGCAUGGGGGAGAAUUCAAGGGUCCUUCGACUCUGGAGCACGGAUUGCUUACUUCAUUGCUUUGUUCCUUUAUUUCUCUCUGGCCGUCCGUGUGAAUUUCUUCCGAGGCUUCAGGUUCUCACUGGCAUGGUGGGCUUACACUUUCCCAAUGACCGGAGCUGCCAUAGCUACAAUCAGAUACUCGACUGUGGUCACAAAUGUGGUAACCAAAAGUUUAACCAUCGUCCUCUGUACUGUUGCUACACUCGCAGUUGCAUCAUUACUAGUAACAACUAUUAUUCAUGCCUUUGUAUUGGGAGAUCUAUUUCCAAACGACAUAUCCAUUGCCAUUAGUGAGACAAGACCUAAGCCAACAUGGAAAUGGAAUCAGAGAACAAAUGGCAGCCCAGCUAAUAAAGAGUCCUCAAAUUUUUGAAUUCAGAUGGCAAAGACUUUUGUCACUCGGUCAAGUGAGGGAGUCUAGAUUUCCGAGGUAUCCAAUGAACUUGUUGUACAUGUGUUAAAAUAUCAAGCCCGACUGAAGAUGAAUAAUCAGCAACAACUAAGACUAGCUAAUGGGAAUCUGGAUCAGCAAGAAGAAAGUUAUUUGGAAGAUACAAACGUAAAUGAUGAUAGAUGAUAGAAGAAUUCUGCAAUUGGAGCAAAUAGGAUCUUUUUUUGUUAGAAUGUUUAUAGUUACGUGAUAUUUUUAAUAGACAAUUAGUUUUGUUUUCUAUAGCUAGUGGCAUAGAUUUCUCUCCUUCUAGAUCCUUCUCUCUGAUUGUGCAUAUAUAUCUGCAUGG